AUGGUUAUGGUGGCUGGCGCAAAGAAGCUCUACGGAUUCCGCGUAUUCGUCGCCUCGUGUGUGCUCACAACGGUAACGAUAGGUUUCGUGCUAUGGGACGAGCAGAAUCAACGGAAUCGACGACAAGAAGGCGUUCGACAACGAUUGAAAAGCGUGCAACAACAACAGAACAUGACCGAUUACGCUAUGCAGAAACAAAAAUAUGAGGAGUACAAAACAACGCACUCG